AUGGAUGUCCCAGCGCAGGUCCUCGGUGCAGCAGCCGUGGCUGGCCACAUGGAUGAGCGAGAGCCAGAGCCAGUGCGCGGCCCCGUCUCCCACCACCGGCCAGCACACCAUCAUGCUUCCGUCAGUCACAGACGGCAGGUCGAGCGAGCUUUGGCCUCAGAGCUGACGGCCACCACUGCGAGGCGGUCCCUCCUGCUCUCUGUCCGGGCCUCUUUGACGCCAAACCGGAGCGACGCAAGCGCGACGAACUGCGGGACGCCACAGAGGGGCCUUCGAUGGAGACCAGGGGCUGACAAGCGGGAUGGGGCCUUGCCUUGCUGGACAGGGGGGCAAUUCGGGUUCCAGGACCCUGUUCGGGGCCGCCGUCGUGGUUGUUGUUGCGCCCACCUAGGGGGGAGCGAAACGAGCUCCCUCGUUCGAGCAUCAACAAAGCAUGCGAGUAUCGUUGGUUGCACGAGGUACAGCAACCGGCGGCACGUACUUGAGCACUCGGGCACACUCAAGCUUGACAGUACUGUACUGCACAGUACAGCACCGAUCGACCGCUCGCCGUGCGUUGUGUUCCGCCACAGCGGCGAGUCCCACGCGACGAGUCAGACAGGGAUCGCCACUCGUUGGAUCGGGGAAACGGCCGGGGGUGUGUCGGGCCAGCCAGUCUGGAGAAACCGCGCAAAGCCGACGACGACUCAGCGAGCCGGCCGGUGGGAUGGGCAUGGAUGGCUGAUACCGGCAGAAGAGGGGGAUGGGGGAUGA